GAGGGCGACCCAGAAACACGUGACCGUUUCCCUUCCAGGGCAGUUGAUGACGUAUUUUAUUUUGGGGCGGUUUUUUUGGGUGGAGGGGCAGGAUCGGCUUCGCUCCGAUGUAAACUGUCUUUAACCAGUCAGAGCAGUUUAUGCAGAGUAGCGAAGACGAAGCAGGAGGAGUUGCUGCUUUGGUUGCUGUCAGUUGUACAGGGUUAGAAUGUAGCGAGUCUGUAGCUUUAAUUGUUUUUGCAAUAUGAAGAAUGGAAGAAGACGAUGUGACUAUCAGAGAGCAGAAUUUCCACAGCCAAGUUCGGGAGUACAUCAUUUGCUUCCUCCUGUUUGCCGUCCUCUACAUUGUGUCCUACUGCAUCAUAACCAGAUACAAGAGGAAGAGUGAUGACCACGAGGAUGAAGAUGCUGUUGUCAAUAGAAUAUCAUUGUACUUGUGCACCUUCACCCUGGCAGUGUCGGGUGGUGCAGUCUUCCUACUGCCUUUCUCAAUCAUUAGUAAUGAGAUCCUCCUCUCCUUCCCCAAAAACUAUUACAUUCAGUGGCUCAAUGGCUCCCUCAUUCACGGUCUGUGGAACCUGGUGUCGCUGUUCUCUAACCUUUGCCUCUUUGUCCUGAUGCCCUUUGCCUAUUUCUUUUUGGAGUCUGAGGGAUUUGCAGGAUCGAAAAAGGGCAUUAAGGCACGCAUUUUGGAGACCUUUGUGAUGCUCUUUCUCCUGGCACUGCUCAUUCUUGGAAUUGUGUGGGUGGCAUCAGCCCUUAUUGAUAAUGAUGCAGCCAGUAUGGAGUCACUCUAUGAUCUUUGGGAGUUCUACCUACCAUACCUCUAUUCCUGUAUAUCUCUGAUGGGAGGACUCCUUUUACUAAUGUGCACUCCUGUGGGGCUGUCCAGGAUGUUCACUGUCAUGGGCCAGUUACUAGUGAAGCCAACAAUCCUUGAGGACCUGGAUGAGCAGAUUUACUGCAUCCAUUUGCAGGAGGAAGCCCUUCAGAGGAGAUUAAACGGGUCUUCCACACACCCUUAUACCCGAGGAAGCUUUGCCCACCAGCUCAACAAGGAAUUGGACAAUAUUAGAAAUCAGAAGAAUAAAUUAGAGAGAAGAAAGAAAGCGUCAGGAUGGGAGAAGAACUUGUUGUAUCCCAUAGUGAUGCUGAUCCUGCUCACAGGAACGACAAUCUCUGUUCUUCUGGUGGCGCUGAACAUCCUCUAUCUUCUAGUAGAUGAGACUGCCAUGCCCAAGGGAUCCACAGAUCGAGGCAUUGGGAACACCUCUUUGUCCACAUUUGGUGUGGCUCAGGCAGUGCUGGAGAUCGUCCUCAUGUUCUACUUGAUGGUGUCUUCUGUCGUUGGCUUCUACAGCCUGCGCGUCUUUGAGGGACUCACUCCCAGGAAGGAUGACACAACCAUGACAACGAUCAUCGGGUGCUGUGUCUCCAUCCUGGUUCUGAGUUCAGCCCUGCCAGUAAUGUCCAGAACUCUGGGCAUCACCAGGUUUGAUCUUUUGGGAGACUUUGGCAGAUUUAAUUGGCUGGGAAACUUUUACAUCGUCCUUUCGUACAACCUGUUGUUUGCAGUCGUGACAACGCUUUGUCUCGUGAGAAAAUUCACCUCAGCAGUACGGGAAGAACUCUUAAAGGCUUUAGGUCUGGAUAAAUUGCAACUGUCAAACAGCCCCACAGACCCUGAAUCUGGGAAGCUCUCGGCCAACGGGCAUCAGAAAACUCUGUGAAAGGGAUGAUAGCUCAACACACACACCCCACAUAUACACGCGCGCACACACACACACACACACACAAAUGCAGCCAAAGGGAGAUUUCGACAGUACUGCCUGACUGCUGAAAGGUGAAAAGGAUUGGAAGGAACUUAAUAAACCCAGGCAGUGUCUGACGGAUGCUGCAAAUGGAGGCUGAGAGCAAUUUAGCUUCGUGACAUUCCAUCCUCUGCGUCUCGGAUGGAAGCUGGGACGAGGCCAGGGCUGAGACUGAGGAUUGAAAUAGACUGGCAUCACUGCAGUGACCUUGAAGUUGACCUCAACCAUGACUGUGACUUCAAACCACCCAUCUUUUGCUACAGGGGCACCCCCCCCAAUCCUCCUACAACCUUUACACCACUGCGCCACACAAAAGCAAGAAGGUAAAGCAGAUGAUCUGAUUCACCUUUUUGCUUGAUUCUCAGUUUCAAAGUCUUACAUUUAGCUCUGUAUUCACUAAUAUAAAUUUCACCUACAUAAUUCAGUUAGACAGUUUUUCUUUUUUAAAUGUUAGUGUAUGUAAUCUGUGUCAGUGAUACAUGGUGCGCUCACAGUUUUAAGGGUCUUUAAUUGUAGGUUUUUGGUUGUAAUGUGAACUGAUACGGGCAUGAUGAGGUGUCAAUUUGUCAAAAAUGUUAAAAAUAACAAAAAGUGCUUUGUGAAGCAUGAGGACAAGUCAUUUAUUCCCACUCAUCACGGCCGGUACAUAAAACUGCACAGCAUCAAUACGGCUCACAUAAUAUGUAUUCGGCACUGUCAUUCUUAAUAAAAGGCCUCAAAUUUUUAGCACUCGGGCUGUCAUUAGUCAUUUUAUCUGGCUUUACUCAAGUGCGCUUUAACUUUAUUGAUGAUGUCAUUAGUUUGUAUGAAGUAGGGUAAGAACUUUUUUUAGGUGCUCCAGAUUUGACUUGAGCUACUCCACAAAUGGGAAACUAUGUGGGAGUUUUAUUUCACUUCACUUCCAGUGAGCAGGUUUGAAGCUAAGGAGGAAGUUGUAUUUCCUUAAAAUGCUGUUAUGCACAUGGGAGGGAGAUGUCAUCACAAUUUUGCUUAUUCCACACCCUCAACCCCUCAAAAAAAUAAAAAAUAAAUAAAUAAAAAAUUACAGGGCACAGAAAUGGUCACAUUUCUUUGUAAAUGUUAUAUACACAUGUACAUAUUACAUUGUGUUUCGUACCUCUUUGGAUGUAAACAUUGGGCUCCCACUGAGGGUCUGACUCGCUAAGCAUUCUGUAUUUUGUUGUACAUACGUAUAUAUAUAUAUUUUUUUUAUAAACACCAUCAUCUAAUGCAAACCUGUAAAGUCUUCACACAGAAUGCAUGAGUAAGGAAACAUCCAGCUUUGUUGCUGUGAGAGAGACUUGGUGACUCAGGCCCCUUUUACAUGUACUUGUAUUGCUGCAUAAUUUUUUUUUUUUUGAACUGUGAUGUUCUUUGUCUCCAGAACCACCUUAAAUGCCUUAUAUGAAAAGCAUCUUGCAGGCUUAAUGUUAAGGUUCUGUGGAGUUUACGUCCAUGCACACGUGUACGUGGACAUUGUGAGUCUGUAGACAGUUCCACUGUGAUCCCCUGUAUGCCAGAGUUUCUAGUUUAAAGCCAUUUCUUUUUGCCAUGAAUGUUCCUGUCACAGCAGCUCCAUUGAGACUAGGUUAGAGUUUGAUCUGAUGAUGGUUUUUUUUUUGUUUGUUUUUUUGCAUUAUGUGUUCUUAAAGCAACUAAAGAGAGAGAACAGUGAAAGGAAGAAAAAAAAUUGAAUUUGUAUAUGCAACUGAAAUGGGACAGGGAAUAUUUUACACCAAAAAUGAUCUGCAAUUGGAUGUUGGUGCUUUGCAAAGACUAGAUUCAAUGGAGAAAAAAAAAAUGCAACUUUCAACCAUAAAACUCUCACUGACACCAACUUCUCUAAUUUUGUAAAUGGUGAUCUGUAUAUCCACUCUUCUCAGUGCAAAUCCAAAGUACAGCAAUGUGUCUGAUUUUUUUUUUUUUUUUUUUGUGUGUGUGAUCAGUGCCAUUUCAAGAGCGCAGGUUCUAUAGUGGCAGAAACAUUAGGUAGAUUUUGGCAUUGUUCAUUUCAUUUCCAGUAAAAGCCUGCUGGUCUCUAGAUACUGUGAAAAACCCAAGAUGGGACAAAAUAGUGUGGCAAAUCAAAAAAAGUUGACACUGUAACAUGAGCAAAAUAACAGAUGGAUUAGAGAUUAAACUUAAUCAAAUUUUCUUGAUCUGGGUGAAUUACUCAAAAUGGCUCAACCAGGAGUAUUUUAAGCCACGCCAUAAAUGUGCUUCCAUCCACUCGGCUACACACUGCAGCAGAACUGGACUCUGCAGGAAAGUGUCACACCCCUAAUAAAACAUCACAAUCAUAAUCCUUGCAGUUGCUUCGGGGGUGACUGGGCCAUUUUCUAUUCAAGCAAGCUUUUCGUUGGUGCAUUUACUGUACUUCUGGGGGGGGGGGGUCAAAAAAACUGGGAGUUGCUCUGUACUGUGGGUGAAGCAGCUUUCAUUUCUGUCCAUCUGUCAAUCAAUCCCUGCAUGUAAUUUUGGUACAUAUUUUGUGAAUGUAUUUUUUUUUUCUUUCUUUUUUUACAAUUUCUCAGUCUGCUAAAUGUAAUGUUUUGCUAUUUUUGAUGUUUGUGUGUUUUGCAAAUAAAAGAAAAUGCUUCAA